AUGGCUGCGAUGGCGCCCGCUCUCACCGACGCCCCAGCCGAAGCUCACCACAUCCGCUUCAAACUGGCCGCCCCUUCGUCGAGUUUGUCGCCAGCCAGUGCCGAGAACCACGCCGACCCCGGCAACAUCCUCAUCCGCGGCUCCCCCAAGUGUAAGGUGGCUCCCGAAGACGCGCGUCCCCCGGACUCGCAGGAUCAGAAACAGCAGCAGCUGCCCGCGCCUCCGCAGGGCGACUCCCUGGGGAAGCUCCAGCCCCUGGUGGCGUCCUACCUUUGCUCCGAUGUGACCCCCGUGCCCUCCGGCAAAGAGUCCAUCACGCUCCAAGGGGUCCUCAUCAAACAGUCGGUCCUGAAAAGUCACCGAAUCCUGCCCGGCUCGCUGCUCAACGGCGGCGACUUCCUGCUACGCAAGCGCCACGCCGUGGAACUUUCCGGAGGCCGGCUCAAAGGCCUGAUGAGCGCCGCCGACGGCGGGGGCAGACCCGCCGCGCCGCCCGUCAACGGCCUGGCCAAGAAGCUGGCCGCCGUAUCGGGCCGCGCCUCGCUCAACGGCGACGAGCCUCCUCCCGCCGACGGAACCCCGGAACCGGAUCGCUCCCCGGGAGUUUGCCCCGAUCGACGACCGGCAGCGACGAUGACGCCGCCCGGCCCCGCCGAGGACGCGGCGUCCAGUCCCUCGCGCUCGGACCGGGAGCGGCCGGGGCCCCCGUCCCGCGCCUCCCCGUCAGACGCCCGGGUAGGGGAGCGCGCGCGGCUCAAUGGCUGCCGGCAGGCGGAAAUCGAGGGACGCCUGCGCCGGCUGCGCAAGCGCCUGCAGGUGGUGCAGGCCAAGCAAGUGGAGCGCCACGUCCAGCAGCAGCUGGGCGGCUUCUUGGACUCGGCCGUGGGCCGGCUGCUCGCCGGCGGGCGCCGGGAUCGGGCGGCCUCGUCCUCGGCCGCUCCCUGGAGGCGCCACCCGGGAGCUGGCGACCGCGAGGCCCUGGCCCGCUUCCUCAAGAGCGGCUCCGUGCCGCUGGAGUUGGAGCGCCUGUACCUGAGCGGCUCGGCCAACCUGCGCUCGGCCGAGAAAGCCUUCGACUCGGACGUGACCGAGAGCAGCUCCGGCGGCGACUCGGACCUGGAGGAGGACCAGCUGAGCCGGGCGGACGUGGAGCAGCGGCACGUCAAAAUCUGGAAACGCGCCGAGAGCCGCUACACGACGGAGCGGGCGGCCAUCAUCAGUCACUGGAACUGGCUGCAGGCGCACAUCUCCGACUUGGAGUACCGCAUCCGCCAACAGACCGACAUCUUCCGACAGAUCCGCGCCAGCAAGGGUUCGGUGGAGCUGGGAGGGCUCGGGCCUCAAGAAGCCAAGACGGAGCAGACGGACACGCAGCAUUCCUCAUCCGUGUGUUUGGAGCACGCCGGCGCCGCGGAACCUUGGAAAGGCCAAAACGGGCAGCCGCUCAACGGCGUCCUCAGCAGGGUGACUGAGAGCGUGGAAGGCGCGUGCGCGGCGGCCCGGACGCGGCCUCUGAUCGGCUGGAGGCGCCGGAGGCUCGUCCGACCCGACGCCGUGGCCGACCUCAACGGAAAGGCGUCGCGGCGGAGCGGCGGCGGCGCUUGCGGGGUUAACCCCGCCUGCGUGAUGUGCGGCGGGCGGCCCGUCCCGAGGGAGGACCCGCAGUUCGAGCUGCCCGUCUUGGAGCGCCUGUCUCGACUGGACCCGGGGGUCCACCCCAUCCUCUCCUUUCCGGACGACGUGGGAGCGGGCCUUCGCGUCCAGCAGGCCAUGAAGAGUUGCUGGAGCGGCCGCUCGCUGGAGAGGAGCAAACCCCUCAAGAAGUUCUCGCUCAAACACAAACUGUCCUCGUCCAAAGAGAAGCACAAGUUCGCCAGCUCGCUCAUGGCAGUCCGACUGAGCCACUACAAGAACCGAGCCGACAAGUCCAGGACGCCGGAGGGCUGCAAGACGGAACGACUGGCGGGCGCGUCGGUAGCGCUGCCGCCGUACGACAAGGGCUACGGCCGCAAGCGGUCGCGAGAGCACUCGGCGGACAGGAGCGACGCGUCUCCCAAAUUCUUCACGGACUCGAGCGCCGCCGUCUGCCCGCCGCUAUCGGGCGUCCACAGCCCCGUCGCGCGGCAGCUGUCCGCGUCGUCGGACGUCCCGCCUGGCGCACUUGUAAGAACGUUGCAGCCCGUCAAACGGAGGCGCGGCGAGAGCUCAUUUGACAUCAACAACAUCGUGAUUCCCAUGUCUGUGGCCGCCACCACGCGAGUGGAAAAGCUGCAGUACAAGGAGAUCAUCACGCCCAGCUGGCGAGCCGUGGACAUCCCGCCUGCGCCGGACGACGACGAUCGAGAGGUGGAGGACUUGUCGGACGCGGCCUUCGUGCAGCUCCAUCAGCCGUACGAGGACCAGGAGCGCUCCCGCUGGACCUGGAUGGCUUUGGCGCCGGCCAAGCGGAGGGGCAGCAGGUCGUACAAGUCGGCGGACGGGCGCACCACGCCGCUCUUGUGCGGCACCAACCCCCCGACCCCGCAGCCGGCGUCGCCCGAGCACGACUACGGCCACCUGGCCUCGCCCCUCAGCCCCCCCAGCCCCGACACGCCCUGUUCGCGAGACUCUCACCGCCCGGUGUCUAGCGAGGACACCCGCUGCUCCACGCCCGACUUGGCCUUUGAGGAGAGGACGGUGGCGCCGUGGGAACGGCGAAACUUCCCGCUGGCCGAAGACCCGGCGCCGGAGCCCGAGCCGCGGAGCCCGCCGUCGGGGCGCCGGCGCGACUGGGACGACGCCGAGCCGCCCUGCUGCCGCGACGACGAGCCCAAGCGGCCGUGA